AUGUUUAUAGAUAUAGAUGGGAAAAAUCCUGGAAGCAGAUUAAUAACCAACGUUGCAGACGAGAGUGACACUCAACUUUGGUAUGACGAGCCAAUCAGCGGAUGUAUAAAAAAUAAGUCCAACAAUUUGUGCCUAGACUUGCAAGAUUCUGAUCCUACUCCUGGAGCUCAUUUAGUUGUUAAUAGAACAAAUUACAACGUAAAUCAAGGUUUCGAGUUUACUUUUGUUUCAACAAUCGAAAAUUGCCAAAAGAAAUAUUCCACGCCAUCUCCACCUGUUCAUACACCUUUCCCUCCGAAUCCUCCUCAAAUUUAUUACGCCAAGACUGACAUUAGAAACGAAUGCUUAUCAAGAAACGAUUCGCCUUCCACUAAUUUUCAGAGUAGAAAGUUCUAUAUUGUCAAUGAUAAACAUUCCAAAGUGUUAACUAUCGAAUAUGAAAACACGUUACGAGAAGCACACGCAGUGCUCUCCAGCAGAAGUUACCCGCCUGCCUUGAAUCAAUUGUGGUACGUACAAGCGGACGGAAUUAUAAGUUCAUAUUUGAAUGACUUCAUGAUUGAUAACGCAGAUGGAAAAAUAAAAAUGAAAUCUUCUAUUGGAAAUCCUUUCCAUAAAUGGGAAAGUUAUGGAAAACACGUAACCGAUGAAAUUGGCGAUUGUUUGGCCAAUCGAGAAAAACCUGGCGUAAAAAUUUGUAACUUAUUUUCUGCUCCUUGCCAAGAUGUCAUCAAUGAAGAGUGGCGAUUUGAAUAUGUAUCAAAUUAA